AUGGAGAGCAUGGCUAUAGAAAAGUCAAAUUGGUUAAAGAUUUUGUUGUUGUUACUAGUGGUUGAGUUUUGCAUGAUCAUUAAUAAUAACUUUGUGGUUGAUGCAAAUCUUAUCAUUGAAGAUGAUCAAGAAGUUAAAGUGCGAGUGAUGAACCGUUUGGGAUAUGGGGAAAGCAUGAUUGUUCAUUGCCAAUCAAACUACAAUGAUCUGCCGAGUGUGGUGGUGGAAGAUGGACGAGAAAUGGAGUGGAUUGUUGUUGGGAACAACUUGUUGGGUGUGCCUUUAUUCCAUUGUGAUAUGAAGCCAAAAAGCUCAGCUACUUGGUACUCUUUCGAUGCUUAUGACCCUCAAAGAGACCUGGCCAGGUGUCGAACUGAGUGCCGUUGGAUGAUACCCAACAAUGGGGCUUUGUAUGGCUAUGAUCAACGGUUUGCAAGAUGGGUUUGGUUUCCUUACUCCCUCAAGUCAUGA